CGCCGUGAACGACAAACCUCAUACAGAGACUUUUUUCGGAAUGUUUUUAUAUUAAGAUGGAAUGAAUAGCAGUAGUUUGCAAGCUUUAUUGUUGUGACGUUUUACCUAAGCCAUGUUAGCUGAGGUUCGGGGUCCUGACCCCUUGGCUCCAGGACCACCAUGGAAGCCCUCCACCGCUGGGCAGGCUAUCAAACAGGAUCCAGGGAUUCACCAAAGGCAGCGGGUUGGAAAGUACCAGCGACAAGCUUCCAGACCAAGAAGCUGCCUCUUAGGGAUGGAAAUUAAGUCAGAGCUGGUCUGGGACGACUGGGACCUGCGUAGAGAGUUCACCAAGACAUUAGUCUUAAAGAAUAUUCAUAGCAAGCUGCAGAAGCUAUACGUCAGGCCUCCAGUGUCCAAGUUUUUCACCACCUUGAUUUCCAAGACAAUUGUUAUCAGCCCAGGGACUUCUUUCUCCGUGCCAAUCAGCUUUAGACCGCUCCAGAGGUGUGAGUAUGAAGACAGCAUUGAGUUUCAAAGUAAAGAUGGCAGCUUCCAAGUAUGCCUCCGUGCCACCAUUCCCUGCCAUGCACUGGAGUUUCCUGAUUCUGUGCUGCUGCCACACUGUGCUGUUCAAAACUCCUCAUAUACUACUUUCCUGAUGAAAAAUCUCAGUAAACUCCACACAUGCUUCCAGUGGGACUGCACAGUACCAUUCCAGCUAAUCCCUGAGCAGGGCCUGUUGAAGGCCGGCCAGGAGUGUCUCAUCACUGUGGUCUUCCGGCCACAAGAGGCACUGGUGUACCAGCAACAGGCCAACUGCAGGUUUGGAGAAGAAGGGGACAAGGCAGAGAGCUACUUCAAUGUGCUGCUGCAGGGACUAGCUAAAUAUGCAUGUGUUCAACUGAGAAAACCAGGUUCCAAGGAUGAAAAAGAACAGGGUCGUCCAGAGCUGCACUUUGGCUCUGUGGCAGUCGGACAAAGUUUGCAGAAACACUUUGAAAUCUUCAACCCCUCCCCUGUAACUGCACUUUUCUCUCUUUCACGACUGUCCAGUGGGGUGCAUUUGUUGGGUUCAGAGUUCAGCUGUGAUGUGACCAGGGGUAAGGUGGCGCCUGGUGAAUCACUACGAGCUACAGUCACCUAUACUCCUGCCGUGGUGGAUGGUGUCUCUGUUGAGUACUUAUCUCUGAAAUGUCCGGGGACGCUCAAUGAAACUCUACUCAAACUCAUUGGAAACUGUGUAGGUCCCAAAGUUUCUGUGUCCUCCUCUGUGGUGGACUUUGGCUGUGUUGAAGAAGGAGGAGCGGUUGUUCAGACAGUGGAGCUGGUUAAUUCUUCGCAUGUUGAGGCUAUCUACCAAUGGGACUUUGACUGUAGUGGGAACAGUGUGUUCAGCAUUCAGCCAGCAAGUGGCACUGUACGCCCACACAGCCGCAACACACUGAAGGCAGUCUAUAGGCCCACACAGCCUAUUGCACAUCACAGAAGAGUGGCAUGCCUCAUACUGCACAGGGACCCCAUGUUCCUUGACCUGAUUGGUACCUGUCACUCAGAGCUCCAUCAACCAGUCGUACUGAAACCUGAGCACUUGGUUCUUUACAAGCUCCACUGGUACCGCAGUCAGGAACGGCCAGACACUCCCACAGCCAUGCAGCAAAAUCCUAACGCACACUUGGACCAACAAGGAGUGCUCUGCCCCGUGGAGAAGCAGUCAGACCAGAGCCCAGACACUGCUGGUGUUUUGUCCAGAGAUCCCAUGGAGGAAUAUUACCAAUCCUGCUUGCGGUGCAUGGAUCCCGUCUCGUCCAGCUCUUCUGUAUCGUCCCCACACGUGUCUGUGGAGCCCAGUGAGCUACUGUUCAAUCACAAAACAUCCUACUUUUCGUUUACUUCAUCCAUUUCCUCUCAGCCUGUCUGCAUCACCAACCACACCAGGGGAAAACUAGGCCUGGUGUGGACUGCUGCCCAAGACUCUCCGUUUACUGUCUCUCCCUCAUCAUGUGACCUGGCUCCACUGAAGUCCACCUCAUUCAGGGUGACCUAUGACCCCAAGCAGCUCAAUACUCUGCACGGAGCGCAACUGGAGUGCUUUGCAUACUAUAAGGAUAAUUAUCACCGAGAGGAGCGACUGCUGUGUCCACCCUGGUGUGUGACUAUCAGAGUCACAGGCCACUCCUUUCAGCCCGGCAAAGAGCAUUUCAUCCCAUGUUGCUCCCUGAAGCCUCCUCAAGUGGUGUUUCCAGCCCUUAGUGUUCUUUCCUAUCGGACAGUGCUCCUUCAGAAUUGUGGAGACCUGCCCCUCACUUUCUGUCUGGACCACAGCUCAAACCUUGCCUUGGCAGAAUCCGUAUCUGUGGUGCCCAGCUGUGGUUUCAUCCAACCAGGGAAUCAUCAAAUCCUCACCCUCAGAACAACUCCCACAGAAGACGGUCCCAAACAGGGCUUCAGUUUACACCUUCAGCUCAAUGCAGCUAACCACACAAAGGAACUGACAGUUGUCAGUGUGGUGCAUAAACUGUGUGUGUCUCUUGAAGGAGACAGCAGUUUAUAUUUUCAGCCAACAGCAGUGGGCUCACAGACGCAGCGCUCCCAUCACAUCAGGAACCUCAGCUGCCUACCUCUACGAUUCCAAUGGAGCAUUCCAGAGCCAGACCAGGAGCUUAUCUCUGUUGAACCAGAUGCUGGUGAACUGCAUCCCAACGAGAGCUCAGUCCAGGUGUGGUCCUUCAGCCCACUGGAAGAAAAAACAUACACACUCAAGCCCACUCUCACCUUCUGGCCGAUCCAGACUCCAGGAUGUAACAAGUCACACAUAACCCUUAAAGUGUUGGGGAUGGGCUCGAAAGGCUUCAUAGAGGCAGAGAAAGCAGUUCUGGAUAUUGGGGAGACUCUUGUUGGAAGCUAUCGGUCAAUGCAGGUUCCUCUGGUGAACAACAGCCCCUGUCCUGUCUCCUUUAGUCUCUCUGUACAGCAGAUACUUCUGGAUGAGGAACUUACUUAUGACCCAGAGACUGAGCCAAAUGCGCUACAGCUGGACUGUGACAGGGGAACCAUCGCUUCGCACUCCACAAUGUUGCUCCGAUCCACCGUCAGGCCACACAGACGAGCCCAGUACCUGUGGACCAUCAGCUACCAGAUGCUGAAUGCCAGAGGGUUUGUGUCAUCGCCUCUCCAAGCAGUGUGUGACGUGCGAGCUAAGGGUGUGUAUCCCACCCUGCAGGUGAUUGAUGUGUGCAGCGGUGGCAGUGUGGGCAGACUCAGCAAGGUGCACCUAUGGAAACUCUUCUCACUGGACAGCCUCAAUGAGCACUUGCUGUCCAACCCCUGCCCUGCUGAACUCACUUACAGAACGCCUACCAGACACAGUCUGAGCCGUUGUCCUUCCAUCUUCACCAAAGUCAUGUUGGAUUUCAACUUCAGUGCCGCUCCCCUACAUUCAGAGCCCUCAACGUUUGUGUUGAUGUUUCACAACCUCGGAUCCAUCCUCGUGGACUGGGCAUUCUUGUUUCCAGAGGACCAACAGAUAGAGUUGGAGUACUGGGCCGAGACCGGAGAAUUUAGCAGCACCGAACUGUACCAGAUGAAGGUUCAAGACAACCAUCUGUUCAGCGUUUCUCCCCGUUCCGGAACUUUGCUCCCUGGCCAGCAGAGGGCAGUAAGCUUCACCUACAGCCAUCUCUUCGCUGGGACGGAUCGUUUUCCUGUCGUGUUCAAACUUUCUUAUGGCAGAGAGAUCUUGCUGAACUUUGGGGGGGUGACGGUGGAGAGAGACAGACCCUAUCUCCACUUUGCCUCCAAAAGACACGUCUUCACUUCUUUAACUAUUGGGGGCUGUACUCCUCCGAAGCAGGUGUAUAAAUUAUACAAUCGCGGUGCAGUGCCAGUCCGUUAUGAGGUGGACACGGCUGUGUUGUCACAGCUGCAGGUGGACAACUUUAACCAUCCAGUGCUGUGCUGCCUCAGUCCACAGGGAGAGGUCCUACCUGGAGCAACGGCCAUGCUGGAAUGGAUCUUCUCUCCAUUGGAGGCUAAAAUGUAUCAUAUGGAUAUUCCUAUCCACGUCCAGGAUGGGGACUCCACGCUGGUGAGGUUUGAGGGAUGUGGGUUUAAUUCUCCUACACUGGGCUCCACAAACCCAUUUAACGGCAGUGACACGGUGGCAUCUGAUCCCUGUGUCCAGAGAAUGCCCUUCCCAGGACAGGUGGUAUUCCUGUCUGAGGACAGUGUCUCUCUUGGCGACAUCCCUGUGUCCUCACAAUGUUCAAGAAUCCUCUUCCUGACUAAUGUGUCCCACACAGACACUGUCCACUAUACAUGGGAGCAGCAGAGCAAUCGGCAGGUGGUGCAGAUCCAUCCAGAGGGAGGUAGUCUGUGUCCAGGGGAGAGUGCCCCGUGUAUCCUCACCUUCACCUCUACUCACCUCCCCACUGUUUUUCAGCUCGAUGUCAUCUGUCAGGUUAUUCAGGAAGCCGCACUGAAUCGGUAUCACAAUGCUUUGCAGCGUUGGGAGGAAGAGAAAGAGAGACAGCAAGAUGAAUUCACUAUUACGGAUAAGAAUCUUAAAGAAAGUCAAACACUUCUGAUGGAUAAGGAACCUGUAGCAGCUGCAGUAAGAAAAGGGCCACCACUCCGAAAAUACAAGACUCUUCCACCUAUCUGUGCCAGUGGUAGUUGUGAAACAGUGGGCGCGAUAUGUACCAAAAUAACGAGAGCUGAGCGGCGGGGGCAGCGAGAAACCGCAAAAGCCUGGAGGUGCCCUGAACCCCCCCAACCUGCUCUGCUGCAUCUGGGGGUUACAGCACGCUCCCACGGGCUUCUGGAGUACCUUGCACACUUCCCUGACCAGUCCACUGAGCACUAUAGAUGCCUCCAGUCAGUCAAAGCCCAGCAACCUGACACUACUUCCCUCCCUGCUGGGCUGCCUUCACCGACACAUGGCCUUGAGAGAGACAUCAUCAUGCAUGUACUCACCUCUCUGAUCAGUGGUGUACUAGAUGACCCAGCGUUCACCGGGUCUCUGACUGCUUUGGAAUCCAAGCCCAUCACCUACCAGCUUCGAAAAACUAGUCCCUCUCCCUGUUCGUCAUCUCCCUCCUCCCUCCCUCCUCCUCCCUGUCCCGCAUCUUCUCACACUGCACCCCCACAUCAGGUCCUGUCGAGUGGGGCAGUGGCUGUGCAGGAAGAACCGCACAUCACAGUGGACAGUGAGGGGACUGCGGGAUGUUCGAGAAACAGGGCCCAAACACAAAACACACCACACGCUGAACAAGCGCCUGCUGACAUCAGUGUAAAUGUUUUGCUGAACACCCUCCAGAACCUGAUGAUGGAAGCUGCCAGAGGAGAGCUCGUACUCACAGCGCACCCCCGCACUGUUGUGUUGCCACCUGUUUCUACCAGAACCAGGAGGACGUCCAAAGUCGUGGCUGGGGAGGAGAGAGAAGACUUUGAGAAACAGAAAGGAACCAGCAGCAUCAUAGAUAUGAGGUUCCAGUUGUAUGAAGAUGUUACUAAACGUUUUGUGCAUUAAUAAAAGAGAUUCUACUUAUUAGAAUCCUUGACAUGUGUGUAUUAGCAUCCGCAGAUGUCUUCAGUUGAUUGGUUUGAAUGGCAAGUUAAUAAGAAACAUGACAACUUCAAACUGUGGCGAUGAUUUAAAACGUACCCACAGGUUACUCGGCCAUGAUGUACAGUAGACUACACUUAAGCUUUUUAUUGCAAUUAUGUGACAUUUUGCAACUGAUAAAUGACAUCUGGGUACAACUGACAAGAUUAGAGACAAGAAAACUUAUUUUUUUUAUACUUGAGGAUACAAGAGGACAACAGAAUAUUUAAGUGUUGUCUUUGUCUGACUUGCACCAAUUGUAUUGAGAAAAAACAUUUACAGAACAUUUAGAUUUUACUUUUUGCUAAUCAGGUUUGGCCCGUUUCUUUUUUUUUAACCUUAGGCCUUGAUUCCAUUUGUCAGUGUUGCUAUGUUUGUUUGUCAAAACAGCAGUCAAAUACAAUAUUGUUAAUUGUACAGUAUGAGA